GGUAGUCACGUGCUCAUUCAGAUUUGGCACGUGUCCAGCAAGCGUGGUGAUAUGUCCAGCGGGCUUGGUCACGUGUCCAGCAGGCGUGGUCACGUGUACAGCAGCCUGGAAUUUGAGUCGUGUCCAGCGGGCGUAGUCACGUGUGCAACUGACGCGGUCACGUGUCCAACUUACGAGGUCACGUGUGCAACUGACGCGGUCACACGUCCAACUGACAAGGUCACGCGUCCAACUGACGAGGUCACGUGUCCAACUUACGAGGUCACGUGUGCAACUGACACGGUCACGCGUCCAACUGACACGGUCACACGUCCAACUGACGAGGUCACGUGUCCAACUGACACGGUCACACGUCCAACUGACGAGGUCACGCGUCCAACUGACGAACUCACGCGUCCAACUGACACGGUCACGCGUGCAACCGACGAGGUCACGCGUCCAACCGACGAGGUCACGCGUCCAACCAACGAGGUCACGCGUCCAACCGACACGGUCACGCGUGCAAAAGACGAGGUCACGCGUCCAACCGACACGGUCAUGCGUCCAACCGACGAGGUCAAGCGUCCAACCGACGAGGUCACGCGUCCAACCGACGAGGUCACGCGUGCAACCGACGAGGUCAUGCGUCCAACCGACGAGGUCACGCGUGCAACCGACGAGGUCACGCGUCCAACCGACGAGGUCACGCGUCCAACCGACACGGUCACGGCGUGCAAGUGA